AGGGCACGGGCACGGCACCGCCGUACCGGGAGACCUUCCUGGAAAUCCCCCUGGAACCCCGCGGUUCCCACCCCCGGAAACGCUUAAAUCUGCUCGGAGCUCCGUGAUUCCCCUCUGAAGCCCCGUGAUUCCCCCCUUGAACCCCUUAAAUCCCCCCUGGAUCCCCGUGAUUCCACCCUGGAAUCCCGUGAUUCCAUCCCCCGAAAACGCUUAAAUCUGCUUGGAACCCCGUGAUUCCCCUCUGGAACCCCUUAAAUCCCUCCUGGAUCCCUGUGAUUCCCCCCUGGAACCCCGUGAAUCCUCCCAUGAACCCCAUGACUCCACCCUGGAACCCCUUAAAUCCCCUUGGAACCCCAUGAAUCCCCCCUGGAGCCCCGUGAUUCCCCCCUUGAACCCCUUAAAUCCCCCCUGGAUCCCCGUUAUUCCACCUUGGAACCCCCUAAAUCCCCCCUGGAUCCCCGUGAGUCCCCCCUGGAACCCCAUUAAUCCCCUUUGAAACUCCGUGAGUCCUCUCUAGAGGACUUAAAUAUUCCUGGAAGCCCGUGAUCCCACCCUGGGACCAUGCAAAUCCCCACCUGGAACCCCAUGAAUUCCCCUGGAUCCCUUUAAACCCCCUCUGGAGCCCUGGGAAUACACUCUGCAACCCCUGAAAGCUCCCUGGAACCCAUUAAUCCCCUCAUAACUUCUUAAAUCUCCCUGGAAUUGUCCAGGGUCGGGUUGGACGGGGCUUGGAGCAGCCUGGGGUGGUGGAAGGUGUCCAUGGCAGGAGCUGGGACAAGAUGAGCUUUAGGAUCCCUUCCAACCCAAACCAUUCCAUGGUUCUGUUUGAUGUUUAGGGCUCCCAGCCCCCUGAAGCAGCAAGGCCUGGAGGGUGGCACAGUCCCAAGGAGGAUCCCAGUUUGGGGACACCCCCGUGAGCAGCGUGUCCCCAGAGUGGGCUCGGGGUGCUGCAGGAAGGCAGCUUUAUCCCAAACUGUGGGAUCACACAUCCCAGUUAGGCUGGAGCAGCAGGCUGGGAUGCAGCCUGGCACUGCUCUGUGCAGGCACCACUGGUUUGGCUAGAACAACCCCAAAAGUGCAGCAGAUCCUGCCCUAAAUGCACCCUGAGCACAGAUUUCCCAACAGCAUUUUUUCCCCGGUGUGAAUUCCUGCGGGGGAGGAGCUGGGCGCAGCCUCACCUGGGAGCCUGCUCAAUCCAAUCCCUCCUGCGGGGGCAGGUGGGGGAGGACAGGAUCCCCUCCCUCAGCCUGGGACAUCUCCCUGCCAGCAGUGGGAAGAAUGCAGGGAUUGUUAGGAUUUUUCCCUCUUGACCUUCACCCACCAAGAAAUCUCUCUGUGGAAUCGCUGUUGGUCCAAGGAGCAUCAUUUUGGGGUCACACCCACUCUGGGCACCCAAAAAUGUGUGGCUCCAUCCCAGGCUGGGGCAGCAAAGGGAUUUCUGGAUCUCUGGAACAGGCUGCCCAGGGAAGGGGUGGAAUCACCAUGCCUGGAAUUGUUUAAAAAUCAUAGAGAGGUGGCACUUAGGGACGGGGUUUAGUGGAGGCCUUGGCAUGUUUGGAUUUCAGGAUCUUAGAGAGUUUUUCCAAAGUUAAUGACUCUGAUUCUGCCCAUCCCUAAAACUGUCACCUGCUCCUUCCACCACCUGUGGGUGAAGCCUGUGAAGGAGAAAUAGCUUCAUUUAAAGGCUAAUUAUGAUUAAUCUGUGGCCAAAGGAGGCUUAAAAGGGUGAGCCAAUUACAUGUGCUAAUGUGCUGUGGGUGAGGAGGGCCGAGGGCUGUAACUGGAGCUGGGCUGUGCCCUGAACACCCACGGGAUACUGGAUGGUAUUUCUGGCCCAGGCUGGUCCUGGUCCUGCCAGUCACCUUUGCUGGUGCUGGAAAAGGCAGGAAAGAGCAGCCAAACACGGAUCUGUGCAGGAGAGGAGCAGCUGUGAGCUCCACAAACACCUCCUAGGGAGAUUCAUCAAAGGGAACAUGAAAAACCCAGCAAAAUUCCACCUUUUGAGCAAGAUGUGUCAGCUGGCUAUGACCUUCUACUUCUCGGACACAGCAGUGCUGCUCUUCGACUUCUGGAAUGUCCACAGCCCCACAGGGAUGGUGCUCUCGGUGCUGGUGAUCCUGCUGCUGUCCGUGCUCUACGAGGCCGUGAAGAUGGGCAAGGCCGUGCUGCUGCGGCGGGCGCUGCUGGCCCUGCCCCGCAGCCUCAGCCAGGAGGCCCUGACCCAGCCACAGGAGGGGGACAGCGACCCCGCGCAGGGCAGGUGGUUCUGGUUCCACGUGGCCCAGACGCUGUUCCACGUGGUGCAGGUGGUGCUGGGCUAUAUGGUGAUGCUGGCUGUCAUGUCCUACAACGCCUGGAUCUUCCUGGGGGCCAUCGCAGGCUCCACCCUGGGCUACUUCAUGGUGUACCCCCUGCUGGGCCGGGGCUAGAGCCCCCCGAGGUGGUGGCACGCGUGUCCCACCUCCUGCUCCUUCGUCUGGAAUAGCUGCUGUCACUUUUGCUGGGUCUGUCUCUGUCCCUGUGCUCUGUGGGACACAGACCCCCAAGGACUUGCUGGUGGCCCUCGGGGCUGGCCCCGCUCUGGGGACAGGGAGCCCCAUGGCCAGCACUCACCACGCUGCCACUGGCCUUGGCUGGUGGCUGUCCCCCGGCUCUCAGGGACCUUUGUCUGGGUGGUGACAGUGGGGGAGUGCUGGAAUUUUCUCCUCUUCCCUGCUUUUUGAGGAGGUUCAUCCUGGCUGGAACGGGAACGAUCCGGUGACUGCUGGGGACAGGGACCCUCCUGCCCAGAGCUGCCCUGCACCAAGCCCCUCUUCACACAGUGCCUUUGGGGACACUGGGGGUCCUGCCACCCCCACCCCGCUCCUGCUCUUCAGGGAUGGGGCUGGAGCAGCCCCUGAGCCGCUGGUGUGGCUGUGCCAGGGGGGAAAUGCUGCUCCAGGUGCCUCUUGCUGCUUCCUCAGGACACCCCUUUGAAUAAAAUCAUCUCAGCUCCACUCCUGCUUUGUGUCACUGCUGGGUGGGCUCAGGAUGUGACACCCCUGGGUCACAGUGGGACCGGGGAUCCCCAGCCCUACCCAGGGAAGUACUUCAGGAAUAAGGAGAGUCUCCUCUGGCUUUAAAUAAAGCUUUUCCAUUUUAUUAAUUAUAA